UUUACGUUUAACAUUCAAUAUUUUGAUAUUUUUUACACUUUUACUAUCAAGGCAUUCUUCGACAUAACAUGGAAAAUAAAAAAGUAAAAAAUCUAUUAAAACGAAAGUAAAAUGUGAUAUGUGUGAUGUCACAUCUUAUAUUUAGGACUAGAUACCUAGUAACGAAUAAACAACGGAGCACUGGAUUAUAAGUAUUGGUGUAACCACUGGAACGUCAAAGCUACAAAGUAACAGUACAUUUUAUAUGACACAAGCUCUUGCUAGAUAAAUAUCAAAGCACUAAUUAACACUCUACUAUUUUUAGCGCGUGGAAAUACCCACUAGUGGUCAGGCAUUUCAGAUAACUGUUUUGACGGUAUAAUGGAAAAGGGGGAUUUCGAACCGAGUGAAAAGGAAACGGUUUGCCGUAAAGAUACCAAUCUUGAUACGAACUAUAAAAAGUCGAUGGAGAAAUCUGGCCUUGAUUCAUUACUAGAUGACCGAGGCAGUUUGAAGAUUAACAAUGUACCACUAUAUAAAUUAAGUACGAAUAAAGAAGAACAGUUGACAAAUAAAUUCGGAGAUGGGACUAAUAUUUGUUCAUUAGAAAUCAGCGAGCAUGAGCGAAGUCGAAAACACAAAACUGAGAUAUCAGGGAAAAUCGUACAAUAUGACCGGGAAUUUCUACUUGCGUGUAAAGACUCUCCGUUAACGAACGUCUUUCCAACAGAAGUUGAGCAAUUUCCUGAAAUUUUGAUACCGAUAAAUCUACCGAGGCUUUUUGUAUCCAACUAUUCAGAGAGUGAAACAUGGAAUAAAGCAAGGAGAAUGUCACCUAAAUCAGCCGAUACAUCUAAGGACAUGGCUCCACAACAAUCCGAACUUCUGUAUGGGAGUGAUUUUGAAGGUUUUGCUGCUAGUACAGAGAAUAAUACGAUAGAUGCGGAUACAGAGUUGCUCGACUUUGACUUUUUGCUGCAAAAUAAUGUCAGCACUGGCCAAAAGAGAGAUAAUGUCGAUGUUAAUGCUGCAUUAAAAACUGACAAUAAUAGAACAUGCUUUGAUGGGUUAUCUUCUGCUGGAGAUUCUGAAAGAGACUUAGAUGCAGAAAUACUAGGCCAGAAAUCAGCUAUAGAACAAUCUGAAUGGGAAGAGAAGGCGGCUGGCAACACUAUGGUCUUAACUGGAGAACAGAAUGACCUUGACGUCGAAGGAGGACAAACUAAUCAAGAAGAGAUGGACUUAAACAUACCAACAGAUGUUGAUUAUAUCGACGCGGAUGAUGAGGACAUUCCACUGAGAGAAUAUCAGAAAGAGUUGGCUAAAGAGGGUUCAGAAGGAGAAAAUGUAAUUGUACUGGCGCCUACAAACACUGGAAAGACCAGGGUGGCCUGUAGCAUUAUACAGGUCCAUUUACGACGCCAAAGACGGUCAGAAAAUAUUGGUAAAGUCGUGUUUCUGGUAGAAAAUGAGGCACUAGCAUUGCAGCAAGGGAAAGUCUGUGCAGAACUGUUACCUGCCUACAGAACUAAGGUGAUCAGUGGAAGCAUGCAAAGGGACAAGAAACAGUUCUUGAAGGAUUUCAUUGAUAAGAGGGAUAUUCUGGUUGUAACUGCCCAGGUGCUGCUAAAUGCUCUUACACGAAGGGAAAUAAAUAGUUUGACAGCAUUUUCUAUGAUUGUGUUUGAUGAAUGCCACCACACUGGUAAUCUGCAUAGUUUCAAUGAAAUAAUGAGUAAAUAUAUGGAUCUGAAACUGAGGGACAAUUUGGAUGUUAUCUCUUUACCGCAGGUAAUUGGUCUAACAGCUUCUUUGGGUGUUCGAGGAAAAACAGAUGCUUCUGCUGCUAUUGACCACAUGAAGGGCAUUUUGGCUAACCUAGAUGCAAAAUAUCUGUGUACAGUAAGACAAAAUUUUGAGGAAAUGAAGCUAUAUGAAAAUAAUCCAAAAGAAGAAAUAAUUACCGCCAAAAACAGACAAGAUGACCAGUUUAGAGAAGCCAUUCUGCAUGUUAUGGAUGAUAUAGACGAGUACAUGAGAAAUCAUCACAGCAUGAUGGAAGUCAAAGAAAAAUAUCAUCUCAGCAAAAUUAUGUGCCAAAUGUCAUCGUCCAGGGGCACAGAACAAUUUCUACAAUGGCGUAGUGCAUUUAAAGAUGCGAUAGCGAGAAUCAGAUCCGAUGCCGCACGAAGAAUGUUGAAUCCGUGCAGGCUACAUUUAGAAGUCUACAACAAGGCACUGCUUAUUCAUGCAGAUGCAAGAAUUAAGGAUGCUGAAGCUAUUCUUGAAGAAUUUAUGGGUUCUGAGAUGGAGAUUGAUCAUAAAGAUGAAACAGACAAAUUGCUGAUUAACCUUUAUAAGAACCUGAAAAGAAGAAAUUUCAAUGACGAGCCUGAAAAUCCAAAGCUUCUAGAGAUGCAGAAACUUCUAGUGAAAGAUCUAGGCAAUAAUCAGGAUGCUCGAGGCAUUGUAUUUGUUAAAUCCCGCGAGCUUGCCAGGGCACUGAUAAACUGGAUGCACGAAGCAGAAUCAAUGAAGACAUUAAAUGCAAGAGAAUUUGUUGGUCAGGUUGCAUCAGCAGCACAAGGCGGUAUGACAAAAUUCGGACAGAAAGACGUGCUGGAAUACUUCGAAAAUGGACUUCACAAAGUUAUUGUUGCUACAUCUGUGGCGGAUGAAGGUCUAGACAUACCAAAAUGUAACCUAGUGAUCCGUUAUGAGUACGUCACGAACGAAAUUGUUAGACUACAGUCUAGAGGUCGAGCCAGAGCCAGAAAUAGUAAGUAUUAUGUUUUGACAACAGAAGGUUCGUGGAUAGUCGAGAAAGAAGAAAAGAAUGCAAUGCUUGAAAGGCUGAUGGACGCUGUAGUCCCUGCACUUCAGCGUUACAUUCACGAGAAUCCAAAUAAAUGGGAAAAAGAACUAAGGGACAUGCAAGAGCAUCAAAAGUUGCUCGAAGAUAUGAAACAAGAACAACGUGUAGCAAAUAGGUCUGAUGACGAUAUGGAAUUUAGGUGCCUUAAUUGUUCACAAUUUAUUUGCAUGUCCUCGGAUAUCCGUACAAUUUUAGACUCUCAUCAUGUUGUUGUGAAUGAAGAAGUAAAUGACCGUUUGGUUUCUGUUCGAGGUCGUAACCCUGUACUCUUGAAAGAUGACAUUGAGUCACGUGGUUGUAUUUUCUGUGCAGAAUGCCAAAGGAAGCUUGGCGGUAUAUGUGAAUACCGCCGUGUAGAGUUUCCUUUAAUUGUAAUAAAAAAUUUCAUGGUUGUCGACAAAAAUGGUGACGGUGACAAUUUCGGUCAGUGGAAAAAGGCAAAUAUUGACAUACAACAGUUUAGCCUGGACGAUUUUAAGCAAGUUGUAAGAAUGAGAAGAUGUAUGCAUGUGGAGGAGUAAGUUGAAGGGGACCACAAAAUAGCCCUCUGUAUACAUUGCACGAACACUAAUGAAUCAUAUAUCAACAGACCAGUAUAGAUGGAUUUUUUUCUGUAUAUUUCAUGUAACCUUAUAUACAUUUUACCUAUAAAGAUCAGGUGGUUCCAACGUUGAUUGAUUUAUAAAUUUUACGCAGAACAGCAGCUGGACGAAAUGACACAUUUCCGAUUUUGCAAGUAUGAUUUAAAGGAAUUUCUGAUGAAAAUGACUGGAGCGCAAUUGAAUCCGUUUCUUAGCACAUGUGUUUUAGCUGAGAUCUGUACCUCUGUACCGCCCGACAAGGAAGGGCGAUUUUUGUUAGUUCUUGAGAAUAUUGCAGUACAUACUUAUCGGACUCGAUGUAUUAUUGAAAAAUUUCAUACUCUAAGAGCUACUUCUUAAGACAAAGCAUAUGUUUUUCAUAGAAUUAUUCAGGUUUGCAUCCAUAUGCAUUGUCUGAAAACCUAUCGCAAUGCAGUUACAAGCGUGUUGCUUUUUGUGAGGAAUAAGGCACGGUAAGUAAGAAACGGAACAGUAUCAACUUGAUCAUUUUGCACACUUAUUCUGCUUACAAUUCACCACUCAAACAUAAUUUAAACCACGUCAUCUUGUAAAGAUAUAGCCAGUGUUGAUAAGGGGAUCAGCUGCUGUUAUAACAGCUGCUGUUAUAACACCUGCUGUGUAUGUAUGCGCGUUCCAAGUCUAAUCGUUAACGUGUUAUGGCCCUGUAACGCAAGAAAUAAAACAGGCUUUAGAGGAAUGAACGUUUAUAGCCAUAAUUUUCAUUUAUUGCUGAAGCCUUAAUUUUCCACGUUUACGCUAAAAUAUCGUGUAACGCAUGUUUAAUUCCUGUAACAGCACCAGGAAAAUACCUGUCCGAAUCUCGAGAUUCUUCAGAUGUUUUAACACGAAAAAAAAACGUGCGUUAUACAUACUUUUUAAGAGCAAUCUUAAUUUGUAUGGAAACGGUAGAUGUAUUUACCAUUGCACUAUGAUGUCACUAACAUUGUACACGCUAUCAUCCCUGUAAAUAUAGUAAGCUAAUAUUACAUGUCCUGGUUAAAUUAGCCGCGUCAUGAGAAAACCAACAUAGUACAUUUGCGACCAGAAUGGAUCCAGACCAGCCUGCACAUCCGCGCAGUCUGGACAGGAUCCAUGCUAUUCGCUAACGGUUUCUCUAAUUGCAAUAGGCUUUGAAAGCGAACAGCAUGGAUCCUGAUCUGGUCUGGAUCCAUGCUGGUCGCAAAUGCUGUACGUUGGUUUGCUGAGGUGCGGCUCAGAUGAUGAUUUGAUGUGUUGAAAAUUCUGUUAUAGUCGGGACUGAAGCAUGUAAUUCGUUUUAAUUAAUUUAACAUUAUAUAAAUCAAUGUGAUAUGUGUGAUCUAAGUCGUCCUAUCAUUGUACCAUUUUUUCCAUGGCUGUGUUUUAUAUUAUAUUUACAUUUGCAUUUAUUCUUAUGAUUAUGUCUCUCCCCCAUAAAAUGGGGGAGACAUAUUGGUUUUGCCUUUGCCGUCCGUCUGUCUGUCUGUCCGUCCAUCCGUCCGUCCGCAUUAAGCUUGUCCGGCUUUCACAAGUCAAACUGCUGGCCGGAUUUUAACGAAACUUCUCAGGAGUGAUAAGUACCAACCCUAGUUGUGCAUAUCGCCGACACGUUCCACUUCGCUGCACAAAAUGGCCGCCAGAGCUUAAAAUAGAAAAAUCUUGUCCGGCUUUCACAGGUCAAACUGCUGGCCGGAUUUCAACGAAACUUCACAGGAGUGAUAAGUAUCAACCCUAGUUGUGUAUGUCGCCGGCACGUUCCGCUUCGCUGCAUAAAAUGGCCGCCAGAGCAAAAAAUAGAAAAAUCAUCUUGUCUGGCUUUCACAGGUCAAACUGCUGGCCGGAUUUGAACGAAACUUCUCAGUAGUGAUAAGUACCAACCCUAGUUGUGCAUAUCGCCGACACGUUUCGCUUCGCUGCACAAAAUUGCCGCCAGAGCUAAAAAUAGAAAAAUCUUGUCCGGUUUUCACAGGUCAAACUGCUGGCUGGAUUUCAACGAAACUUCAGAGGAGUGAUCAGUACCAAGCCUAGUUGUGCAUGUCGCUGGCACGUUCGGCUUCGCUGCAUAAAAUGGCCACCAGAGCUUAAAAUAGAAAAAUAGUGCCCGGCUUUCACACGUCAAACUGCUUGCUUGAUUUCAACAAAACUUCAUAGGAGUGAUCAGUACCAACCCUUAUUGUGCAUUUUGCCGCCACGAGCCGCUUCGUGCACAAAAUGGCCGCCAGAGCUAAAAUAGAAAAAUCUUGUCCGGCUUUCACAGGUCAAACUGCUGGCUGGAUUUCAUCGAAACUUCAUAUCAGUGAUCUGUACCAAGCCUAGUUUUGCAUAUCGCCGACACGUCCAGCUGCACAAAAUGGCUACUAGGGGUGGGGGGGGGGGGGGGAGACGUAUGUUUUUGUGACAAAAACACCUUCUAGUUAUCUUUAAAACUGUCGUUAUUUUUUUCAAGCGUUCCAUUUCAUUUGUUUUAUAGUUUAUGCAAUUUAUAUUAGACUUCAAAUGCAAAUGAUAGUGCUAAAGAAAAUAAUAUAAGCCAUAAUGAGUCUAUACAACUGCUCUUCCUUCCCGUCAAGAUUAGGGAAGCUAAAGCGCUGGCUGCUUUCAAAAUGCCUGCUUAAAACCCACUCACUUUGUUCAACAUUUUGCCAACAGACCGAUAUAUUUUUAUAUCAGAGUGUAGAACAGUAUUUUACCCUAAAGUUUGUUAAGUUUUUAAGACGUGUAUAUGUUUGUCUUAUUUGGUUAUAUCUUUAUUUUUUAUAUUCAUGUAAAUGUAUUGUUAAUGUUAAAAGGCAAUUUCUUUUUGUCUCUUUUGAUUUCGUAUUUAUUUGUGUUUUUGGAAUUUAUAAUUAAAGCACUUUAGAAGGUAUACGUGUGCAUGAAAAUAGUGGUGUAUAAAUAUAGUAAAAGUAUACAUAAUAAUAAUAAUAACUCCAUGAUAUUCCUUUUAAGUGAUUUUGAUAUGAUUUCGCGAGUGUUUGUACGAUUUAUACAUCAUAAGGACCCUAUGGACCAAGUGUGAAGUAUAAAACGCAUAAACAUCUUAAGUUUUUCCAUCUUAAAAAAUAAAGAAAAUUCAUCGAAGCUUUACAAUGUACAUGACAACAAGUGAAUAAAUGCUGCAUAAUUAUAGACAUUGAAUAUGAGUGCUCUUCCUGGACUUGCUAAUUUAUAUUUAAUGAGAAGGAAGUUGGUGAUUAUAUGUUCAUUGUACUAAAACUAAAAGAAUAAAAAGUUCAGUGGAAGAUACUGAAGUAUUAUGUUAUUUGGGUAGAUGGCAAUUUUUCAUGACAUUGGCAAGCGUUUAUUUACGUGCUCAUACCGGUGCUGGUAGUUGAAUUAUUGUAAGUUUAUCAACGAUUGUAUUUUAUGUUAAAUCAGUACAUGAAAUGUAUUUACUUUAACCAGAAUCUAAUCCACCAAUGGCGUUUGAUUCAAUGCUAAAUGAGUAUUUUCAAGUAAAUUUAACAAAUUUGACAUUGUUCUCACUUUUUAUAACUGCAGACGAUCAUACUGUAACACGAUGCUUGUGAUAAAAAGCUUCAUUUUUACAAAUAAUUUAACAACAGGUCAUUUAUGUUUUAGUUAUUUCCUUUCAAAUUUAUUCCUGAUGAUCGAGUUUCAAGAGUAAACUUGAGUUUUAUUUUUGUUUGAUCUAGUCUGUGAUACCUUUUUUUACUUAAAUAUUAUUUUUACAUCAAUAAUGUUGCGUACAUAUAUAUAUACCUUUAAAAUGGAUGUAAAUAAAAAGAAAUGUAAUUUGCUCACGUAUUUGAUGUUUUUCAGAAGUUUAGUGGAAAAUAUUUGUAACUUUUGGCCAAUUAUAAAAAAAGUUAUAAUAAAGUUAUCAUAGUAACAGCAAA